AAAAAAAAAAUGUUUUUUCAGUUCCAAGUUUCCAACGUUGACACUGGAUGAGAGAUAAUCCACUUCUUCCAGCAUCGACACUGGAUAAAAGAUGCGAAAAGCACCCCAUUUCAGCAAUCAGUCGUUCUAAAACCGAAAUGUAAAUGAACUUGAGUCGCAGACAGAUACCGAAAGAGCAGAAAUGGGUGUGCUCAUUAUGAGUUCCCCUUGCGGCAUUCGCCACUUCGAGCAUGUUUUUCUCCAAAUAGCUGAAUGCAUUAAAUUCCCUACUCCAAAGUCAGGUCUGGAAUUAGAUCAAUGUCGUUCCAUUGAGCACUGAAAAUUGUGUGCUUGUUAAUCUUAACCACACAGCCCCACUUCCCUUCCUUCACCAAACCCUGAACUGUCCUCAAAUGAAAUUAAUGAGCAGAGGAAAUUGAACACAUAAUUGCUUGUCUAGUGAGUGAAGUGCCAGUGCGAAUCCAUAAGGCCUGUCGUUUUCAUCAUGAUUAAUGCAGCAUACAAGCUUAUUUUUUGUAUGAGAGUGCUCCAGAGAUGUCUCACACCACAGUAGCGAAUCUUCAGAACAAAGGAUAAGUUCAACCCUCCAGCCAACUUGAGGCAUUAAUUAGCUAAUAUACCUACCUCAUACCGUUGCUCUUAAAUAUGUUCUUCAUCAAGGUGCCUUUGAAGCUUAAGAAUAAAUAUACAUGGGAAGGAAGACAAGGAUCUGAAUAUCUGUGUUCCAUACAGCACUUCCCUAUAUUGUAUCCCACUCCAACAGGUCUUACAGCAUUAACGAUUGAGAUCAUCCAUUGCAAAAGUGAAGGACACGACUUUGAUAUGUCUCCCCUCUUCAGCUACAGAAAGGAGCUCAAUCAGGUAUUGUUUGAAGGGGAUUCAAUUUCCAGAAAGGUGAUCUUGAACAGACCUGAGAAGCUAAAUAUCCUCAAUUAUGAAAUGGUUUCUCAAAUGCUAAAGAACUUGAAGGCCUUUGAGAAUGACUCUGCAGUUAGACUUGUAAUUUUGAAGGGAAACGGAAAUAUAUUUUGUGCUGGUGGUGAUAUUGUUUCAAAUUUUUUGUCUGUAACUCAAGGCCAUUGGAGCUAUGUUGAGAAAUUUUACGAGAAACAACUCAUCUUAGACUACAUACUUGCUACAUACAGGAAGCCUCUGAUUUCACUGGUUGAUGGUAUUGUAAUGGGAGGAGGUGCUGGCCUGUCCAUGCAUGGAAGGUUCAGGAUUGUCACCGAGAAUACUGUAUUUGCCAUGCCUGAAACACUAAUCGGGCAUUUUCCUGAUCUUGGUGCAUCACAUUUUCUUUCCAGGCUCCCAGGGCAUUUUGGGGAAUAUCUAGGGCUUACCGGUGCCCGGCUUGAUGGAGCGGAAAUGCUCGCGUGCGGCCUGGCAACACAUUUCGUUCUCUCUAGAGAUUUGCUUGCAUUGGAGAAUGCGCUCCAAGCUCUAGGCUCAUCGGAUACAGCAACAAUUUCUGAGGCAAUCAAUAAUUUUGGUCACAAGCCAACUAUAAAAGAUGAUAGUGCUUACGGCAGAUUGGAGGUUAUUAACAAGUGUUUCUCCAAGGAAACAGUUGAGGAAGUCUUGCUAUCCCUGGAAAAUGAAGUUGAAAAUCGAACAGAAAAGUGGAUCCUCGUGGCAAUAAAAUCCAUCAAAUCAGUUAGCCCAAUCAGCCUUAAAGUUGCUCUUAGAUCGAUAAGAGAAGGAAGAACGCAGAAUCUGAAGCAGUGUCUCGUUCGUGAGUACACUAUCUGCUGCAACUUCAUUCGAGCAACUGUUAGUAACGAUGCACUUGAGGGAGCAAGAGCAAUGCUGGUCGACAAAGACAAAAAACCCCAGUGGGAGCCUUCAAGAUUAGAGCUGGUCAGCAAAGAUAUGGUGGAUCGCUGUUUCACUGGCAUUGAUGAUGAUGAUGACUGGCAGUUCUUACAACUUCCUGACAGAAGUAGCAUGGCUGAGGUAUUGAAGCCAAAGCUUUGAACAACAUGAUCAUGAAGGUUGAAGAAUGGAGGUGAAAAACGUACUAGAAUUUGAUGAACUAUAUUACUUGCCAAUAAAAGUUUAGGAGCAAUCGUGGUCAUGCACGGCCAUGUCUUAUUAUGUUGAAACCCUUCCUGAUAGCUAGGAAGCCCAGGAUCUAGUGUUGUUUUUUCCUUCUUUCUAAAAGAACAUGUUAAGAGCUAUGUUUCUUUCAUAUUAUCAGUUGCGAAU